AUGCCGACUGUUGUGGAGGUGAACCUUACCUACUGUGCGGUGAUGCUCUUCAGGAUUGUCCCAAAAAAGACGCAAAGAUGGCUUGCUACGCGUUCCGCAAAGGGAGCGUCUUAUGAUGUUAAAUUGGACCGAAGCACAGAGUCCCAGCACAGAGCGUCCCGAAAGUCUGUGUGUGUGCGCGUGUUUUCGGGUCCACAGAGGAACUUCUCGACAGCCAUGAAGUCCCAGCACAGAGCGUCCCGAAAGUCUGUGUGUGUGCGCGUGUUUUCGGGUCCACAGAGGAACUUCUCGACAGCCAUGAGUAAAUGUCUGACAAUUAUGACCCCAUUCAUUUCA